AUGACCAACACGGAUGACAUCAAGGCGGCAGACAUGUCGGAGGAGCGGGGCAGCGAGCCGGUGAAGGAGGGGGACCAUGUUGCCUGGAAGUGGGGUGCAGGCAUGGUGGAGGGCCAUGUUGCCGAGACUUCCACCGAGAAGUUGGUGAAGGAGACCAAGCCAGGCACCAACAUCACCCGGAACGGCACCGAGGACAACCCAGCGGUGUACAUCGAGCGGGAGGGUAACAAUGUGGUGAAGAAGCAGAGCGAGCUGUACAAGGUGCAUGACGAGAAGUAG